CCGCCCCGCCCCGCCCGCGCGCAACAGUUUCCCCAAAGUUGCAGCCCGGGAGGCGGGCCGCCGGCGCGGACGCGGCGGGAUGGGCACCCGGCAGACCAAGGGCGGCCUGGCGGAGAGAGCCCCCGGCGCGCCGCCCGCCGCUCGCCGCGAGCGGCCCGACUUCUGGGCGUCGCUGCUGCCGCGCGCCGGGGACAAGGCGGGGCGCGCGGGCGCGGGCGCGGGGCUGCCCCCCUACCACCGGCGCGUGGGCAUGGUCCAGGAGCUGCUGCGGAUGGUGCGCCAGGGCCGGCGGGACGAGGCCGGGUCGCUGCUGCAGCACCUGCGCCAGGACCUGGGCAUGGAGUCGACCUCGCUGGAUGACGUGCUGUACCGCUACGCCAGCUUCCGGAACCUGGUGGACCCCAUCACCCACGACCUCAUCAUCAGCCUGGCUCGCUACAUCCACUGCCCCAAGCCGGAAGGCGAUGCCCUGGGCGCCAUGGAGAAGCUGUGCCGGCAGCUGGCAUACCACCUCAGCCCCCACUCCCAGUGGAGGCGGCACCGGGGGCUGGUGAAGAGGAAGCCACAGGCCUGCCUCAAGGCUGUCCUGGCUGGAAGCCCUCUGGACAACACGGUGGACCUGUCGGGCAUCCCGCUGACCUCCCGCGACCUGGAGCGGGUGAGCAGCUACCUGCAGCGCUGCGGGGAGCAGGUGGACAGCGUGGAGCUGGGCUUCACGGGCCUCACCGACGACAUGGUCCUCCAGCUGCUGCCGGCACUCAGCACGCUGCCCCGCCUCACCACGCUGGCCCUCAACGGCAACCGGCUGACCCGCGCGCUGCUGCGCGACCUCACCGACACCCUCAAGGACCCCAGCAAGUUCCCCAGUGUCACGUGGAUUGACCUGGGCAACAACGUGGACAUCUUCUCCUUGCCCCAGCCCUUCCUGCUCAGCCUGCGCAAGCGCGCCCCGAAGCAGGGCCACCUCCCCACCAUCUUGGAGCUGGGGGAGAGCCCGGGCUGUGUAGAGGCUUGGGAUGGAACAGUGGGCCAGGACCCUGCAGGGGACCAUGAGGCCCCCCCUAAAGACCUUGAGGACGGGGAACCUGCAGGUCCAGCUCAGACGUGACAUGGAAGUGAGGCCUCACCAGGUAGCCCUCGUGGGGUGCGAUGGCUGAGGCAGAGUAACCUAUCGACAGCCCCGCCUGUGGAAGCCCCCAUCAGAGAAUCCGGGGAAGGGUGUGCUCCUCACUGUCCACCAUACCAAUCUCCGUUAUCUUUGUUUGGCUCGGAGCAGUCAUCCCUGGCUCAAGAGUCCAGCCCUAGGCCUCCCCACAUACAGGUUGGCAUGCUGGAAGCUUGAGCUGUGAGCGCAUGUAGUUGGGGCCUACAUCCAACCCAGGACUUUCUGAUUUUACAUUUGGAAAGUUGUUCAGGGCAGCAAACUCCAGCCAGAUGCUGUGUGCUCAAGGCAGGUUGGCAUCUUGGCACCCCAUCUCCUGAGUGGCCCUUGGGGUAGGGAGAUGGGGCUGCUGGCUGCGGGAUUCCAGGAGCAGUUGCCCUCCUCGUGAACCCCUGGGUUCCCUUUACCCCAUGAUUCCAGAGUCCUGGCCAGGGGACCAGCCACCAGCCUUCAAUGUAGAACAUCCUAAACGUCUGGAGCAGAUGGGAACGUCCCCUGUGGACCCCCCCAUCCCCCCAUCCCAAGACUGUUUAACAGACUUUUCCAUGGGUUGUUCCAGUGUUGCUAGUAAGGGCCCAUUUCCAGUACCGAGUCUCCCAAAAGCUGUCAUGGAAGGUUCUUAUCAAACACCCAGGACUAGAAUGCAGAUCCGGUCCAUUAUAAGACAGCCAUAAGGCAAAGUUUCCAUCCAUCCUUAACCAAGCUUUUAAAAAUCCUUUCUAAAUAAAAACAGCAAAUCCUAGGAACCAAUCCUGAGCCAGAGAAAAUCACGUCAGGUGCCUGGUGUUACCUCCUCAGGC